GGCGGAGCGGGUGGGGCUCCCUCGCUCCUCUCGAGCCCGAGACAGCGGGGCGGUGGCCGCCGGGGCCCACGCCCAUCCCCGCUGGCGGGGGUCCAGCGCCUGAGCCGGCCCGGUCCGGGCCUGGCGUGUCUGCUGGCGUGGACGUGCCCCCCGGGGAAGCGAGGGCUGGCCGCGCCCGGAGCUGCGGGGAGCGCCCCGGGCUCGGCGGCCUCGGGCGGGCAGGAGCCUGCUGGGCUGGCGGCCUCCGGGCGGCUGUCUCCUUCCCGGCCGCUCCGCCGUGUCCAGCAAGGGAAGGAGAAAGGUGGUUCCGAAGGAAAAGUUGCAGAGAGCUCCGGUCCCUCGGCCCCGAAUCGCCCCCCAGUCGGCUGUAAUGUUAGCUCCGUAGUUGGAAGUCGGUGGGAGAAAUGGAGGCUUCCUUAUGGAGGAGGGUUAAUUAUUUAGAAAAUAAAGAAUUUGAACAUUCCUGGAAAAUUAUCAAAAGAUCGUUAUCAUUUUUACUGACAAGGAAGUUUGGAAUCUAUCAAGAAACACUGAAAGAAAUCUUUUGUGUGGGUUACAAAUAUAGAUGUUUUCAUGAAGAGGAGCGACAAGCCAGAAGGUUACAGGCAAAUGAGGCCUAAGACCUUUCCUGCCAGUAACUACACUGGCAGCAGUCGGCAGAUGUUGCAAGAAAUUCGGGAAUCUCUUAGGAAUUUAUCCAAGCCAUCCGAUGCUGCUAAGGCUGAGCAUAACAUGAACAAAAUGCCGCCUGAAGAUCCUCGACAAGGCAGAAACCCACCCAAAUUCGGGACAUAUCACAAAGCCUUGCAGGAAAUUCGAAACUCCCUACUACCAUUUGCCAAUGAAACCAGUUCUUCCUCCCGCAGUACCUCCGAAGUUAAUCCCCAAAUGUUUCAAGACUUGCAGGCUGCUGGAUUUGAUGAGGAUAUGGUUAUUCAAGCUCUUCAGAAAACUAAUAACAGAAGUAUAGAAGCAGCGAUUGAAUUCAUUAGCAAGUUGAGUUACCAGGAUCCUCGGCGGGAGCAGAUGGCUGCAGCAGCUGCCAGACCUGUUAAUGCCGGUUUGAAACCAGGGAGUGUGCAACAGCCAGUUAACCGCAAGCAGAGCUGGAAAGGCUCCAAGGAGUCCUUAGCUCCUCAGAGACAUGGCCCACCACUUGGAGAAGGUGUGACCUACCGUUCCGAAAGUCCCAGCUCACAGACAGAUGUGGGAAGGCCUUUGUCUGGCUCUGGCUUACCAGCAUUUGCUCCAACUCACCCUAGCAAUGGACAGAGAGUGAACCCCCUGCCACCCCCUCAAGUGAGGAGUGUCACUCCUCCACCACCUCCAAGAGGUACAACCCCACCACCCCCAUCAUGGGAACCAAGCUCUCAAACAAAGCGCUACUCUGGGAACAUGGAAUUUGUAAUCUCUCGCAUCUCUCCUGUUCCGCCUGGGGCCUGGCAAGAGGGCUAUCCUCCACCACCUCUUAACACGUCCUCCAUGAGUCCUCCUGGUCAGGGGCAGAGAGCAGUGAGUUCUGUUCCUGUGGGCAGACAGCCAAUCAUCAUGCAGAGCUCUAACAAAUUCAGCUUUCCCCAGGGGAGGCCUGGAAUUCAGAAUGGUAGUGGUCAGACUGAUUUCAUGAUUCACCAAAAUGUCGCUCCUGGUGCUGUGACUCGGCAGCCACCCCCUCCAUAUCCUCUGACCCCAACAAAUGGACAAAGCCCUUCUGCUUUACAAACAGGGGGGUCUGCUGCUCCUUCAUCAUACACAAAUGGAAGUAUUCCUCAGUCUAUGAUGGUGCCAAAUAGGAAUAGUCAUAACAUGGAACUUUACAAUAUUAAUGUACCUGGACUACAAACAACCUGGCCUCAGUCAUCUUCUGCACCGACCCAGUCAUCCCCAAGCAGCGGUCAUGAAAUCCCUAGCUGGCAACCUAACAUACCCGUGAGGUCAAAUUCUUUUAAUAACCCGCUAGGAAACAGAGCAACUCACUCUGCUAAUUCUCAGCCAUCAGCCACAACCGUCACUGCAAUUACACCAGCUCCUAUUCAGCAGCCCGUGAAAAGCAUGCGUGUAUUGAAGCCGGAAUUACAGACUGCUUUAGCGCCUACCCACCCUUCUUGGAUACCCCAACCAAUUCAGACUACUCAAACCAGUCCUUUUGCUGAGGCUACCGCUUCAGGUAUGACAGUUAUGGCACCUGUUGCUGAAGCUCCAAGCUAUCAAGGUCCACCACCACCUUACCCAAAACAUCUGCUGCACCAGAGCCCGUCUGUUCCCCCGUAUGAACCGACCAACAAGUGUAGCAAGGAGGAUCAGCCUGCCGUGCCCAAGGAAGACGAAGGCGAAAAAAGUUACGAAAGUGUUGAUAAUGGGGAUAAAGAAAAGAAGCAGAUUACAACUUCACCUAUCACUGUUAGGAAAAACAAGAAAGAUGAAGAGCGAAGGGAAUCUCGGAUUCAAAGUUACUCUCCCCAGGCCUUCAAAUUCUUUAUGGAGCAACAUGUAGAAAAUGUGCUCAAAUCUCAUCAGCAACGUCUACAUCGUAAAAAGCAGUUAGAGAAUGAAAUGAUGCGGGUUGGAUUAUCUCAAGAUGCCCAGGACCAAAUGAGAAAAAUGCUUUGCCAGAAAGAAUCUAAUUACAUCCGGCUUAAAAGGGCUAAAAUGGACAAGUCUAUGUUUGUGAAGAUUAAGACACUAGGAAUAGGAGCAUUUGGUGAAGUCUGUCUAGCAAGAAAAGUAGAUACUAAGGCUUUGUAUGCAACAAAAACUCUUCGAAAGAAAGAUGUUCUGCUUCGAAAUCAAGUGGCUCAUGUUAAAGCUGAGAGAGAUAUUCUGGCCGAAGCUGACAAUGAGUGGGUCGUUCGUUUAUAUUAUUCAUUCCAAGAUAAAGACAAUUUAUAUUUUGUAAUGGACUACAUUCCUGGGGGUGACAUGAUGAGCCUAUUAAUUAGAAUGGGCAUCUUUCCAGAAAAUCUGGCACGAUUCUAUAUAGCAGAACUUACUUGUGCAGUUGAAAGCGUUCAUAAAAUGGGUUUUAUUCAUAGAGAUAUUAAACCUGAUAACAUUUUGAUUGAUCGUGAUGGUCAUAUUAAAUUGACUGACUUCGGCCUCUGCACUGGCUUCAGAUGGACACAUGACUCUAAGUACUAUCAGAGUGGUGACCAUCCACGGCAAGAUAGCAUGGAUUUCAGUAAUGAGUGGGGUGACCCCUCAAACUGUCGAUGCGGAGAUAGACUAAAGCCACUGGAGCGGAGAGCUGCACGCCAACACCAGCGGUGUCUGGCACACUCUUUGGUUGGGACUCCCAAUUAUAUCGCACCUGAAGUGUUGUUACGAACAGGAUAUACACAGUUAUGUGAUUGGUGGAGCGUUGGGGUUAUUCUUUUUGAAAUGUUAGUGGGACAACCUCCUUUCCUGGCACAAACGCCAUUAGAAACACAAAUGAAGGUUAUCAACUGGCAAACAUCUCUUCACAUUCCACCACAAGCUAAACUGAGUCCUGAAGCCUCUGAUCUCAUUAUUAAGCUUUGCCGAGGACCAGAAGAUCGCUUGGGCAAGAACGGUGCUGAUGAAAUAAAAGCUCAUCCAUUUUUUAAGACGAUUGAUUUCUCCAGUGACUUGAGACAGCAAUCUGCUUCAUACAUUCCUAAAAUCACACACCCAACAGAUACAUCCAAUUUUGACCCUGUUGACCCUGACAAGUUAUGGAGUGAUGAUAAUGAAGAAGAAAAUGUUGGUGACACUUUGAAUGGCUGGUAUAAGAAUGGAAAACACCCUGAACACGCCUUCUAUGAAUUCACCUUUCGGAGGUUUUUUGAUGACAACGGCUACCCAUACAAUUAUCCAAAGCCUAUUGAAUAUGAAUACAUGAAUUCACAAAGCUCAGAGCAGCGGACGGAUGAAGAUGAGCAGCACACAGGCUCAGAAAUCCAAAAUCGGGAUCUGGUGUAUGUUUAGCACACGAGGAGUUAAUUGAAAUGAGUAUUGGCAAAAA